AUGACUUUAAAUGAAUUUGGUUCUUCAAACGGUAAAACAGUUUUAGUUACCGGUGGUGCCGGUUACAUUGGUUCACAUACGGUUGUAGAACUUAUUGAGAAUGGAUACGACUGUGUAAUCGUCGACAAUUUAUCGAAUUCUUCAUAUGAAUCUGUUGCAAGAUUAGAAGUUUUAACUAAACAUCACAUUCCGUUCUACCAUGCUGAUUUAUGUGACCAUGAAAAGUUAGAGACAGUAUUCAAGGAAAAUAAGAUUGACUCAGUUAUUCAUUUCGCUGGUUUAAAAGCUGUUGGUGAAUCCACUCAAAUCCCAUUAAAAUAUUACCACAACAAUAUCUUGGGUACUUUAGUCCUUUUGGAAUUGAUGCAGAAGUAUGAUGUCGAAAAAUUCGUUUUCUCCUCCUCUGCUACUGUAUACGGUGAUGCUACAAGAUUCCCUGAUAUGAUUCCAAUCCCAGAAGAAUGUCCAUUAGGUCCAACAAACCCUUACGGUAACACCAAAUACACUAUUGAAAAGAUUCUAAAUGAUUUAUACAACAGUCAAACCGAUCUUUGGAAGUUUGCCAUUUUACGUUACUUCAACCCAAUAGGUGCACAUCCAUCUGGUUUAAUUGGUGAAGAUCCAUUAGGUAUUCCAAACAACUUAUUACCUUACAUGGCGCAAGUGGCUGUUGGUAGACGCGAAAAAUUAAAUAUCUUCGGUAACGAUUACGAAACUAGAGAUGGUACUCCAAUCAGAGAUUACAUCCACGUCGUCGAUUUGGCCAAGGGUCACAUUGCAGCUUUGAAGUACUUAGACAAUCAUGAAAAUAAGAAUAAGACUGGUAUCUGCCGUGAAUGGAACUUGGGUUCUGGUAAAGGUUCUACCGUUUUUGAAGUUUACCGUGCUUUCUGUGAUGCCUGUGGUGAAGAUAUCCCAUACGAAGUUACUGGUAGAAGAGCUGGUGAUGUCUUAAACUUAACCGCUAAGCCAGACAGAGCUAAGGAAGAACUACAGUGGCAAACGGAGUUGGAUGUUGAAGUCGCUUGCCGUGACUUAUGGAAAUGGACCACUGAUAAUCCAUUCGGUUAUCAGUUGAAUGGUAUUGAAUCUACCUUUGCAAGUCCAGAAAACAAAUACAAUGCUAGAUUUGUUACGAUCGGUGCUGGUUCCAAGUUUCAAGCAACUUUAGCGAACUUAGGUGCUACUAUAGUAGACAUGAAGGUUGAUGGACAAUCUGUUGUUAUAGGUUAUAAAGAUGAAGCUGGCUACAAUUGCGGUCCAAGCUCAUGUUAUAUUGGUGCUACUAUUGGUAGAUAUGCUAAUCGUAUCGCACAUGGUAAAUUCCAAAUGAACGGUGAAAAGUAUAACUUAACUAUUAAUAAUGGUGUUAACACAAACCAUGGUGGUCUUGGCUCUUUCCAUAUCAAGAGAUUCUUAGGUCCUUUAGUCAAGAAUCCAUCUAAGGGUGUAUACACAGCUGAAUAUAUGCUCAUUGAUAAGGAUCAAGACACUGAAUUCCCAGGUGAUUUAGAAGUUGAUGUUUUAUAUACCUUAAAUGUCGAAGAGAAGUCUUUAAAGAUUGAAUACCAUGCUACAGUAGACGGUAAGGCAACCCCACUCAACAUGACUAACCACACAUACUUCAACUUGAAUAAGGUCAAUAAUCCAUACAUCACUGGAACAGAAUUACAAGUUAUUAAUGACAGAUCCAUUGAUGUGGAUGAAAACACAAUUCCAACAGGUAAGAUCAUCACAAGAGAAAUAAAAACAUUCAAAGAUGAACAAGCUACAAUAUUAGGUCCUCAAGAACCCAAGUAUGACCAUUGCUAUGUUGUCGAUGAACACAAGGUUCCGGCUGGCCCAGAUACCAUUAAAGACGGUACCUUGACUGUUGUUGCAAGAGCAUACCAUCCUGAAUCUAAAAUUGGUUUAGAAGUCUCCACAACCGAACCUUCUUAUCAAGUUUACACUGCAGACUGGUUAGAGGCUGGCUACUUGCCAAGACAAGGUUUCGCCGUUGAACCAGGUAGAUAUGUUGAUGCUGUUAACGACGAAAGAUACAAGAGAUGUGUUACCUUGAAUCCUGGUGAAACCUUCGGCUCUGAGAUUGUCUUUAGAUUUUACUAA